GGCUCGUCGCCCCUGCAUCUCGCAUCAGCAAAGGGAUGCCAUACCAUAGUGGCCAUGCUUCUUAAUCGAUCGCGAGAUGUCGAUAUCGCUGAUCACACUGGUCGCCGUCCGAUCCACCGCGCGGCUCAAGGGGGCCACGGAGACGUAGUGAUCCAGCUCCUAGAAAUCGGUGCCGACCCAGAGCUGCGCGGCGAGAGUGGCAGGCGGACGCCCGUCUCGUAUGCCUCAGAGCAUGGACACAACGAUGUUCUCAAGCUGCUUCUCGAUAGGGGAUGGGACGCCAAUUCGUUCGACGACGACAACCGCUCCCCAGCAUCGUAUGCGGCCGAGGCGGGACGUGAUGACACUAUUCAGCUUCUCUACAAAGCAGAGGCCGCCAUAUGUAGGGAAACACCAGACGGAACCUCCCCUCUCUUGUUCGCUGCUAUAAAUGGGCAUCACACCACCGUAGAGCUCCUACUUUCCCUCGGAUCCAAUCCCAACGUUGUCGAUAGUUCGGGCAAGUCAUGUCUACACAUGGCUGCCGAAAAGGGCCACACAAAAGUUGCCAGGGCGUUGCUAGAUUGCAAGGAAUUCAACGCCGGAAACAGCCGGGACCAAGAAGCGUCAACAGCAAUGUACAUUGCAGCAUACUACGGACGAGCCGAGAUUGUCGCUGCCAUGCUGGAGAAGGGCCUAGACAAAGAA